AUGGAAUCUGGGCAACCACCUCGCGAUAUCCUCAUUGUGGGCGCUGGCCUCGCGGGAGUGGCCUGCGCCAUUGCCAUUUCCCAAGAGCUAGGGCCUUUUGUUCCCGAUCUCAAGAUUCGAGUCUUUGAGCGAAAUGAUUUCCCCUCCACCUCGGGGGGUGCGAUUAAUUUGACACCGGUGGCCCAGCGGCAUCUCGCCAGUUUAGGAGUCAUGGAGGAACUGAACCGAAUGGGCACACAUGGCGGCGCCGAUAUCGAUUCAAUUGAGUUACUAUCAAUUACUUCUGCUCGACCGGUCGGAUCGAUUGAUUUCACAGACCGAGCUGGCAAUGAUUAUAGCGGGUACAAGGGCCGUCGGGUCAUGCGCGUGGUUCUUUUGAUGGCUAUGAUCAACACCGCUGAGCACGCCCACAAUAUCGAGUUCAUUUAUGGCAAGAAAUUCACUAGUGGAGGAGAGAUCAAUGACAAGGCUGCUGUAUAUUUUGAGGAUUGA